AUGACGAAAGACGUCGAAUCUCACGUGGAGCAGCAGGCGGGGGAAUUCUCUGCCAAGGACUACCAUGAUCCACCGCCGGCGCCGCUCAUUGAUUUUGACGAGCUAAGCAGCUGGUCAUUUUACAGAGCACUUAUUGCUGAGUUCAUUGCCACUUUACUGUUCCUUUACAUCACAGUUUUGACUGUUAUUGGAUACAAAAGCCAGAUUGACCCCGCUCACGGCGGCGAUCAGUGCGGCGGCGUCGGGAUUCUCGGCAUUGCAUGGGCUUUCGGUGGCAUGAUUUUCAUUCUUGUUUACUGCACCGCCGGUAUCUCUGGAGGACAUAUUAACCCGGCAGUGACAUUCGGGCUGUUCUUGGGACGAAAGUAUGGUGGUGGAGCAAAUGAACUUGCUCCAGGGUACAACAAAGGUGUUGGAUUGGGUGCUGAAAUUAUUGGUACCUUUGUUUUGGUUUACACUGUCUUCUCAGCCACUGAUCCUAAGAGGAGUGCCAGGGAUUCCCAUGUUCCUGUUUUGGCUCCACUUCCCAUUGGAUUUGCUGUUUUCAUGGUUCACCUUGCCACCAUCCCCAUUACUGGAACUGGCAUCAACCCUGCUAGGAGCUUUGGAGCUGCUGUCAUCUACAACAAAGACAAGGCCUGGGAUGACCAUUGGAUUUUCUGGGUUGGACCAUUCAUUGGAGCUGCCAUUGCUGCAUUCUACCACCAGUACAUUCUAAGGGCAGCAGCCAUUAAAGCACUGGGAUCUUUCAGGAGCAACGCUUAA